UAAACUUUUCAGUGUUUAGGUUGCAAUAUUAGCAUUAGGUAGUUUUUAUAAGAAAAUGAAGCAGUUAUUUUUAAUAUGCAGUUUCAUCAUUAUAAUAAAAAAUCGGACAACUGUAGCAUGGAAUCAGUCAUGUGAUCCAUUGAUAGAUGUUAGUGGACCAUGCCAUCGCUGCGAGUGCAGAGCCGAUGGCGACCUUUAUUGUGAACUACGCAAAUGCGACGCGGCGAGCUUUGCUGAAUACACGUACACUUCACUCGAAUGUGCCCCAAAUGUGAAAUAUAACGAAGGAUUCAUAAGCUGUCAAUGCGAUCCCUACGGCUCUUGGUUGAAUGAUGACUGCCGGAAAACCUUUAGCUACGUUGGUGUUCCACUUCAUAUUUCAACUGCUGUAGCUGACGUAGGAAUGACAUGCGACAGUUCGAAGGGUUACAUCGUCCAAUGCAACUUCUGCGUGUGCAAAAGUGGUGUUAUCGAGUCAGAAUACUGUACAAACAAUCUGUGCGAUGGAGGACGUACAGAAGUAACUACGGUUGACUUGACGAGGUUCAACUUUAUAUAUCCCGAUAGGAAAAAGUGGGAGCUGAUUCCGAAAGAUCCUGAAUGUACUCCAAAUGAAUUGUUCACCGUCGGUUGUCAUGUCUGCGAAUGUUCAGAUACAGGUUUUGUUAAAAACUGUACCACGGAGUAUUGUGGACCGUUGCAGGAUCUUAUACCUCCUGGUUAUUUGAAAAGGAUGUCACUCCGGAGUACGAGUGGUGUGGGGAUCUUACGUGAUAGGAGAAUGUGCGAGCCGAAUUCAAGUUUCUCAGAUGGUGGAUGCAACGAAUGUAAAUGUACUCCAGAAAGAUACUGGGUUUGUACGAUAACCUGUCCUAUUGUACUGAACGGUAAACCGUCUGGUAUCGAUAUAAAAUGUACUCCGUCCACAACUUUGACUGAUGGAUGCAAUGUGUGUUUAUGCUCGGCUAAGGAACUUUGGGUUUGCAGCAUCAAGUGUCCCCACCCAGAAAAGCAAGGCAGCUCCAAAUCUGAGGGCUAAGUCAAGUCAUACAAUAAAGAAUAAUACUACGCAUAGAACGGCAACUCUCCGUUCCCCACCAACGGCUGAGCUAAAGAAUAAUACUAGGCAUAGAACGGCAACUCUCCGCUCCCCACCAGCGGCUGAGCUAGGUUUACCUCACCCCCCCUCGAGCAUAGUAUAGAAUUAAAUCGUAUGGCGUCAGACGUCACACACUCACCUCACACAGAUGCGCGUGUAAGUACGAUAACGUACACAUUGACGUCAUCGUACUUACAGGUGUCUGUGUAAAACUUGGUUGUUUGUAUGAAGUGUUCGGGGUGUCGUCAAGUGGCAAUUAUUCCCAUUUCCUAAGCUUCCGUCUUCCAGGUUCGAACCCUGUUAAGAACUUAAACACAAAAAUCACUUUGGGAUCCGUAGUUCGGCCAGGUUAUUGCAGGCUGAUCAUACGAUUGUCCGAUAGUAAGAUGAAAUUUAAAUGAAAAAUCACGUAAAUUUAAGUGUUUUUUUUUAAUUAUUUUCCGUACCAUACUUUUGCGGCGGAAAAUUCAGAUGAUGGUGAAAAAUAAACAUAUACCUACUUACAUAUCUAAACAUAAUAUACCCACUCCAGCGGGGGUGAGGUCGAUACGAAUGGUGCGGGGCGGAUAGUUACCGUUCUAUAUAUACUACAUACAUACAUACAUAAACUGUCUAUAUACGUCCCACUACUGGGCACAGGCCUCCCCUCAAUCAACCGGAGGGGGUAUGGAGCAUACUCCACCACGCUGCUCCACUGCGGGUUGGUGGAGGUGUUUUUUUUACGGCUAAUAGCCGGGACCAACGGCUUAACGUGCCCUCCGAAGCACGGAAUCAUGUUACUUUUUCGGACAAUCAGGUGAUUCAAGCCUGAAAAGUCCUUACCAAACAAAGGACAGUCUCACAAAGUGAUUUCGACAAUGUCCCCAGCCUAACGAUCUAACCACUAGACCACGGAGGCUGUUAUAUAUACCUAUACUACAUAAGGACGCAAUCAUGAAGUAGGUACGUUAUAGCUAACUUUUUUGACGUGACUUAUUGUAGAUUUAUCGCAAAUGGUAUAACUAAAUGGUCAAAUGGACAGCGCUGAGGGUUCUCCCGGUGCAAUAUUGUUUGUGGAAUUCCACAAUUCGACGGAAGAACGACAUUUUUGGAUGUUUGGCAUUUGAAUUACUUUAUAAUUGGGUAGUUUUCUAGGUCAAAUAUAAAUUAUGAAACUCUGAUCACUAAAUAAAGACAGAUCUAAAGGUGACAAAAACGUUUUCUUUCUUCUAUUUAACUUAUUUAUGAAUUUUGAUCAAGAAAAAUAUAAUAAUAGGUGGGACAUUUUGUCACAGGUUGCAUUUUCUUACAAAUUCCAUAGUAAUUUAGUUAUUUGACGUUUAGUAAAAAGUAACUGAUUUGACUAGUUGGAAACUACCCUAUUUAAUCCAACAGGCCUCAGAGAGUUGGGUGCGAAGCUCGGCUCAGGGCAUCGUCUGGGAGGAUAAUAUUUGAAACAAAUAAACGACUUUAAUGGGCCGAAAACGAUAGCGCUAAAUGAGGGAAUUCAUCAACCACGACGGCGGGGCAGUAUCGGAGUCCUGAACUGUUUAUUGUUGCGAGUUAAUUGGCCGCCUCUAUGGCUAGAGGAAACGAGUCGUCAGGAUUGUAUAUUACGACCUUUGGUGAGAGCUAAUUCCAUCCAAAAUCAUUAGCGUCUAGUAUAGUAGAGUACGUAUUUUUAAGACCACUUUUAUUGCUUCAGGUUUUCACAACCAAGGUUACAAUAAGUAAGUAAAUUGCACGCCAUGCGUAAUUCAAUAAAUACUA